GAGUGUGUCAGCAUGAUGGUGAUUUUGUUAAACUGUGUUACCCUGGGGAUGUACCAGCCGUGUGAGGAUAUGGACUGCCUUUCUGACAGGUGCAAAAUCUUACAGGUAUUUGAUGAUUUCAUCUUCAUCUUCUUUGCCAUGGAAAUGGUCCUAAAGAUGGUGGCCCUGGGGAUCUUUGGCAAGAAGUGUUACCUUGGAGAUACCUGGAACCGCCUGGAUUUCUUCAUUGUCAUGGCAGGGAUGGUAGAGUACUCCCUGGAUCUCCAAAACAUCAACUUAUCUGCAAUCCGUACUGUCCGUGUCCUGAGACCCCUGAAAGCUAUCAACCGUGUGCCUAGCAUGCGCAUCCUUGUGAACUUGCUCCUGGACACCUUGCCCAUGCUGGGGAACGUCCUUCUUCUCUGCUUCUUUGUCUUCUUCAUCUUCGGCAUCAUCGGGGUGCAGCUGUGGGCUGGGCUGCUCCGCAACCGCUGUUUCAUGGAGGAGAACUUCACAAUACAAGGUGACAUUGUCCUGCCCCCUUAUUACCAACCUGAGGAAGAUGAUGAGAUGCCGUUUAUUUGCUCACUGUCAGGAGAUAAUGGAAUUAUGGGCUGUCAUGAGAUACCCCCACUGAAGGAGCGGGGCCAUGAAUGUUGUUUGGAUAAGGACGAUUAUUAUUACUACAACUCAGUCCGGCAAGAGUUCAACAUCAGUGGCAUGUGUGUGAACUGGAACCAGUACUACAACGUGUGCCGUACAGGCAACGCCAACCCGCACAAGGGUGCCAUCAACUUUGACAACAUUGGGUAUGCCUGGAUUGUGAUAUUUCAGGUGAUCACACUGGAAGGGUGGGUGGAGAUCAUGUACUACGUGAUGGAUGCCCAUUCCUUCUACAAUUUUAUCUACUUUAUCUUGCUGAUAAUCGUGGGCUCCUUCUUCAUGAUUAACCUGUGCCUGGUGGUCAUCGCCACGCAGUUCUCGGAGACCAAGCAGCGGGAGCACCAGCUGAUGCAGGAGCAGCGGGUCCGGUACCUCUCCUCCAGCACUGUUGCCAGCUACAUGGAGCCGGGAGACUGUUACGAGGAGAUCUUCCAAUAUGUCUGCCACAUUGUUCGCAAAGCCAAACGCCGCACCCUUGGGCUGUACAACAGCAUACAGAGCCGACGCCAGGGCCACAUGGAGCCAAACGAUGCCAAGCUGGGCAUGAGCAGGAAAAGCCAGAGGCGCUACAGGCUUUGCCAGCAGCACAACUCUCUUGACUGCCCUCCUCAGGGCUUGGUCCAGCCCAUUGCUGUGACAGCAACCUCUGAUCCCACCAACUGCCCCCGAUGCCAUAGGGGGGAGCAAGAAGCAUCCCGAAGGCUCUCUGUCCUGGGUAGCACUGACUCAGACCAGGAGGAUGGAGGAGCCAGCGAAAAGGAAGAAGGCGGCAGCAGAGAGGACCAGGGUGCCUCUACACAGGAGAAGGAAGAGGAGGAGGUGGAAGAAGGCAGACGGCUGAAGCUUUGCAGUGACAUGUGGCGAGAAGUGAGGGUCAAGCUUCGAGGGAUUGUGGACAGCAAGUACUUCAACCGUGGGAUCAUGAUUGCAAUCCUAGUGAACACAAUCAGCAUGGGCAUUGAGCACCAUGAGCAGCCAGAGGAAUUGACCAACAUCUUGGAGAUCAGCAACGUUGUGUUUACAAGCAUGUUUGCCCUGGAGAUGAUCCUGAAACUUGCUGCUUUUGGUCUCUUUGAUUACCUCCGCAACCCCUACAACAUCUUUGACAGUAUCAUCGUCAUCAUCAGCAUCUGGGAGAUCAUCGGCCAGUCGGAUGGGGGCCUCUCUGUGCUGAGGACUUUCCGCCUCCUGCGGGUGCUGAAGCUGGUGCGUUUCAUGCCCGCGCUGCGCCGCCAGCUUGUGGUGCUGAUGAAGACUAUGGACAACGUAGCCACCUUCUGCAUGCUCCUCAUGCUUUUCAUCUUUAUAUUCAGCAUCCUGGGAAUGCACAUAUUCGGUUGCAAGUUCAGCCUCAGGACAGACACAGGAGACACAGUUCCUGACCGGAAAAAUUUUGACUCUCUGCUGUGGGCCAUCGUCACCGUCUUCCAGAUCCUAACUCAGGAGGACUGGAAUGUUGUGCUCUAUAAUGGCAUGGCCUCUACCUCGCCAUGGGCAUCCCUCUACUUUGUGGCUCUCAUGACGUUUGGCAAUUAUGUGCUCUUCAAUCUGCUGGUGGCCAUUCUUGUGGAAGGGUUCCAGGCUGAGGGUGAUGCCAACCGCUCAUACUCAGAUGAAGAUCAGAGUUCAUCAAACAUGGAGGAGUUAGAUCAGUUCCAAGAAGACUUGGACAAAUCUGGAAAUCACAAGAUCUGUGCAAUUUCUGUGACACCUAAUGGACACCUGGACCCAUCGUUGCCCUCUUCCAACCCACCAGUGGCUGCUGGGGGGGUCACCAACUCGUCACGCAACUCCCUGCAGCCUGACCAGAUCCGUGUUGCUGUUGGUUCCCGGAAGAGCAGUGUGAUGUCCCUGGGGAGAAUGACCUAUGACCAGCGGUCCUUGUCCAGCUCCCGCAGUUCCCACUAUGGUGCCUGGGGCCGCAGCGGAGCCUGGGGAAGCCGUCGCUCCAGCUGGAACAGCCUGGCCCGAGGACACAGCCUGAAGAACAAACCUCCCUCUGCCGAGCAUGAAUCCCUCCUGUCUGGGGAGAGGCACAGGGUGGCAGAUGGGGAGCCAGACGGGACAGGAAGGGUGUUUCACCACCGCCGGACGCUCUCCCUGGACAAUAAAGGCUCCUGUGACCUGCUGGAGUUGGCCUCGGUCCCACCUGGCCACAGAGUGACCUGUAAGCUGGGAGCAGUGUCCGGGGCCAGCGAGCAUCAAGACUGCAAUGGCAAAAUGCCCAGUAUUGCCAAGGAGAUCUUCCCAAAGAUGAACAACCGCAAGGAACGGGGAGAGGAUGAUGAAGAGAUAGAUUAUAGCCUGUGCUUUCGCAUCCGGAAGAUGAUGGAAGUCUACAAGCCAGACUGGUGUGAGUUACGGGAAGACUGGUCGAUAUAUCUCUUCUCUCCACAAAACAGGUUUCGCCUCCUCUGCCAAACCAUCAUUGCUCACAAGCUCUUUGACUAUGUUGUGCUGGCCUUCAUCUUCCUGAACUGCAUCACCAUUGCCCUGGAGAGACCACAGAUUGAACACAGAAGCACGGAGAGAAUCUUUCUCACUGUGUCCAACUACAUUUUCACAGCAAUUUUUGUAGCUGAGAUGACACUGAAGGUGGUCUCUCUAGGCCUGUAUUUUGGGGAUCAGGCUUAUCUCCGCAGCAGCUGGAACAUCUUGGAUGGCUUCUUGGUCUUCGUGUCUCUCAUUGACAUUGUGGUCUCGGUGGCCUCUGCUGGUGGCGCCAAAAUCCUGGGGGUGCUGCGAGUCCUCCGGCUGCUGCGCACCUUACGUCCACUUCGAGUCAUCAGCCGAGCCCCUGGCCUGAAGCUGGUGGUGGAGACACUCAUUUCUUCCCUUAAGCCCAUAGGAAACAUUGUCCUCAUCUGCUGUGCUUUCUUCAUCAUCUUUGGCAUCCUGGGUGUGCAGCUUUUCAAAGGCAAGUUUUACCACUGCCUGGGAGUCGACAUCAGGAACAUCACCAAUCGGUCCGACUGUGUGGCUGCCAACUACAAGUGGGUGCACCACAAGUAUAACUUCGACAACCUGGGACAGGCUCUGAUGUCCCUCUUUGUUCUGGCUUCCAAGGAUGGCUGGGUCAAUAUUAUGUAUAAUGGACUAGAUGCUGUGGCUGUUGACCAGCAGCCGGUGACCAACAACAACCCCUGGAUGCUCCUCUACUUCAUCUCCUUCCUCCUUAUUGUCAGCUUCUUUGUGCUCAACAUGUUCGUGGGGGUGGUGGUGGAGAACUUCCACAAGUGCCGGCAGCACCAGGAGGCUGAGGAGGCACGCCGGCGGGAGGAGAAGCGGUUGCGCCGCCUGGAGAAGAAGCGAAGGAAGGCACAGCGUCUGCCGUACUAUGCUACCUAUUGCCCCAUACGCCUCCUUAUUCAUUCGGUCUGCACCAGCCACUAUCUGGACAUCUUCAUCACUUUCAUCAUCUGCCUCAACGUGGUCACUAUGUCCUUGGAGCACUACAACCAACCUGUGUCCCUGGAGACCGCCCUCAAGUACUGCAACUACCUGUUCACCACUGUCUUUGUGUUGGAGGCAGUCCUCAAGCUGGUGGCCUUCGGUCUGCGGCGAUUCUUCAAAGACAGGUGGAACCAGCUAGAUCUGGCCAUUGUGCUGCUCUCUGUCAUGGGCAUCACAUUGGAAGAAAUUGAAAUCAAUGCUGCUCUCCCAAUUAACCCCACCAUCAUCCGGAUCAUGAGAGUGCUGCGUAUCGCCCGGGUCCUGAAGCUACUGAAGAUGGCCACAGGAAUGCGAGCACUGCUGGAUACAGUUGUUCAAGCCCUCCCACAGGUGGGAAACCUCGGACUCCUUUUCAUGCUCCUCUUUUUCAUCUACGCUGCUUUAGGAGUGGAGCUCUUUGGAAAACUGGUAUGCAAUGAUGAGAACCCCUGCGAGGGCAUGAGCCGCCACGCCACCUUUGAGAACUUUGGGAUGGCCUUCCUCACACUCUUCCAGGUGUCCACAGGUGACAACUGGAACGGGAUCAUGAAGGAUACCUUGCGUGACUGCAGCCAUGAUGACCGGAGCUGCCUCAGCAACCUGCAGUUCAUCUCCCCACUGUACUUUGUCAGCUUUGUGCUCACAGCCCAGUUUGUCCUCAUCAAUGUGGUGGUAGCUGUGCUCAUGAAACAUCUUGACGACAGCAACAAGGAGGCCCAGGAGGAUGCAGAGAUGGAUGCUGAGAUUGAGCUGGAAAUUGCGCAUGGGCUGUGCUCACGCAAGUCAGGCUCCCUGAAGUCAAGACAAAGAAAAGGAGCAGGAACAGGGGGAAGCAGUGGGAGAACAGAUCCUGAAGGACGUCUAUGCACGAGAUGUUACUCUCCAGCACAGGAGAACUUAUGGCUGGACAGUGUCUCUUUAAUUAUUAAGGACUCCUUCGACGGGGAGUUAAUGAUCAUCGAUAACCUAUCGGGCUCCGUCUUCCAUCAUUACUCCUCGCCGGCCAUGUGCGAGAAGUGUAACCAUGACAAGCAAGAGGUCCAGCUGGCUGAAAUGGAAGCCUUAUCUCUCAACUCAGACAAGUCCUCUUCCAUCCUUCUAGGAGAUGAUCUGCUCUGUCAUUUGCCAUUAAAUUUCACAAGUCUUUGUCCUCACUUAUUUUUUUUCCAGCAGGAUGGCCAGGGCAGCCCUGACUCCAAUGGGGUAGGUGAUCUGGGGGAAUGCCUACUCCCAAUAUCCAGUGCAGAUGGCUCUACAAACCCAGACAGUUACCUGUGUGAAAUGGAGAAAACUCCUUUCAACUCAGUCGAGUCUUGGUUAAAGCAUGAAAGCACCAAAGUCCCUUCCAGCCCCUUCUCUCCAGGUCCGUCUUGCCCUCUGUUACCUGUAACAACAGAGUUUUUCCACCCAGCCAUCUCUGCCACCCAGACAGGGCCUGAGAAAGCCUCAUGUCCACGCAGCCUUCCUAAGAUCUCUCUGCAAGGCUCAUGGGCAUCACUGAGAUCUCCGAGUGUGAACUGUUCACUUCUCCACCAGGGGGCGGGCAGCAGCCUGCGGGGGGGAGGCAACAACAGUGAGCCCUCGGAGACCCUCAGUAGCCUCUCACUGACCUCCCUCUUCUCACCCCCGCCACCAGGGCUGACACUGGUGAAGAAGUGUAGCAGCACCAGCAGCCUCCAUGCCAGCCCCUUGCCCCGCCGCCCUGCUGCCCACCACACCAAGCCCUUCUACACCGUUGACCCCCGGGGCUUCCUCUCAAUGCCCUCCUGGGUGACAGACUUCUGCAAGGACACCCCCACACCCAGGGAAGGAGAAGAGCCAGAUGGCCCCAGCAGACUGGGGACAGGGGACCACAGCUCCCCACUCCCAUCUGAGCUGGAGCUUGGCGAUGGAGUCAGCAAGAGGAACAGAUGA